AUGGCAUUGAACGGAAAAGCUAUGUUUUCAGCCUUCAAAUAUUAUGCAAUAGACUAUUUACAUGAGAACACAGUUAAAGAGAGGCUUUACAGAAAUGCUUUAUUGCUUCAGAUUCCUUCAUGUUUAAAUCAAAAUAAACAAGUUAUUGAUGAUAAAUAUAGAAGACCAUGGACAAGAGCUGUUCCAGUUCCGGAUGAGACUGAUAAUUCAGUCUUGGAGCAGUGGAGAACCAGGUUCUGUGUGGAGGAUGUUCCUGAGAAGAAAACAAUUACAGGAAUGAUGAUUAAUGGCAAAUUUGAGGAAAUUGUUCCAAGUUCCAAUCCAAACUCUCCACCUGGACUAGAGAACGACAAGCCGUUCCCCACUAAGGGCUACACAGAUGACUUUAUUCCUAUCAAGUGCUCCCCACACUUCCCGGGUGUGAAAGCAGAGCACCAAGGAUUACUUAUUGAUGAGGAAAUGGUUUUCAUGACUAAAACAAGGGACAAUCAUCUACCAACUGUGCAUAGUCUCUUGAGCAGACUAAAGCUCUAUUUGGUGAAGGAUCCGUUUUUAGACUUCAAAGAAGAGCUCUCUGGAAAGGAUAAUUUCACGGAGUGUUUCUCUGUUCAAGAACGUUUGAAACCUUUUGUGAGAGAUUUCCAUAUGACCGAGGAGACCUUCUGUAAGAAGAAUCUACCAUCAGUUUUUCCUUUUGGGUUUAAAUCCUCGAUAUCUACAAAUCCCAAACAAGAAAUUCUCAUUCUACCACCAUCAAAACUGAAGGAGCCAUUAAACUCGAUACCGAAAAUAAUGGACUCUGUAGAUGAAAGUGCACGUUUCAAAAGAGAUCUUACUUCCAAGCAUGAAUUUGUUACUGAGGAUAUAAAAUGCAACUCCACAGAGAACUUAACAUUUGCAAGCCUUUGUGAACCAGAGUGUAAUGAGCCAGGAGACCUAGAAAUGCCACCAACCCAUCUAAGUUUUCCAAGGCAGCAUUCUUCAGUGUGUUCAUUAUACACAGGAUUUCAGACAUUUCCAUUUUCUGCUGCGUGUAAAAUUCAUUUGCUUAGCGCUGGAGAAUCAGCUAAUAAAUAUUGUAUGCUGUGGCAACUGGGAGGCUGCAGAAGCUCUUGGGUCCUGUUCUUGCUCACAGUUCCAAGAUUUCAAGAACCCAGCAGUCAAUAUUCACUUGCAGAUAUGAGGAACAUCUUUUCUAUCAAAGGAGACAGUCUUGUGAUUAACACUGCAAAAGCAAAGGGGUGGAAACAAGCAAGACUAAAUCCAGUAAUGGCCGAAACAUUGGAGCAUCUGAAGGCGUAUUUGUGUCAUAAUGGUCUGUCUUCUCAGGAGACUAGGCUGGAGAUCUUUCUGCCUACAAAAGUACUUCAGGUGGAGUCCUGGCUAGAACAUAAGAGUCGUCCCUCAUCCAUUGUGCCAGUCAGUGAAAAAUCUGCAGAUGUUCACCAAUUACAUGCACAGAAGAGACCCAUACCCUCUUCAGAAAAGGAAGUGCCACGCCUUUGUUUGUCUGGUGAAAGUGUCUCUGUUAAAAAAUCAAAAAUAGAAGCAAAUCCAAAGAGUGACCAAGAACUAGGUGCUAGAGUAAUGCAGAAGAGCGAGACCAGCGGCGCUGGACUUGGUGAUCCUGUGCCCUCUGUCAAAGCUGCUGCUUCUUCACAGAUCAAGGCAUCUUAUGAUAAAAAACAAGACAAUUUGGACCUUCUGAGUGAGUUUAUUAUUCUGAGAAGUAAACACCAGACUUUCCCUUCAGAAGCUGACGUCAAAAUCCAUGACCAAGACCAAAACAAUGAAUUUGAAGAUAAAGAAAAAUAUUCUUUGACUCUUCAAGAAGAAAGUCCUGUUGUUUCUAAUAAUAAAGCGCCAGAGGAAAAAUGUCAAGAAAGAACAGUUGAUAUCAUCGAGAUGCCUGCAUCAGACACCCAGUGCCAAGCAUACUGUCUCCUAGAAGCCACGGCGAUUCCUAUCUUAAAGAAGCUUGUCUGCCUCUGUACUUACCCUGCUGCUAACUGGAAAUUUGCCACUGUCAAUUUUGACCAAACAAGAUUCUUCUUAAAGGAACAAGAAAAAAUAAUAAAUGAUGCUAUUCACCAAGAUAAAAGUGAUGACAGAAAAAUGACUUUCAAGCAUGCUGCUCUCUUACAUCUGCUGGUAACAAUUAGAGACGUCCUUUUAACAUGCAACUUGGAUACAGCAUUAGGAUAUUUGUCAAAUGCAAAAGAUAUCUACAAAAGUGUGUUAGACUCCUGUUUGGAUAACAUUUGGAGACAGCUGAAAAUUUUACAGUUUGUUAAGGAAAAAAGGCCUAAAACCAACUAUAAGAUUCAAGAAUUGCAACGUCAGAUACUAACUAGACUGCAGAGUCAACAAAAAAUGAAGGUACUGAUUAUAAUAAGAAUGGACUCAGACAGAGAAAAGCAUUUGCUUCUUAAAACCCUUAAGAAAAUAGAAGGCUUAACAAUGACUGUUUUACGUUCAAAUGAGAGAAAAGAUUUUCUGGAAACUACCAGUGCUUUAAAAGGUACGCAUGCCUGUGUGGUCGUGCACAGUCACAGCAUCGGAGCGGAUUUCCCCUGGAGCAGCUUCUCGCUCGUGGUGGAGUACAACCACGUGGGACACUCUUGCUGGGCCGAGCACUGCCAGCGGUUGGACAUACCCUUCCUGGCCUUUAAAGUUGCUGUUCCAGACACAGCUCUGCAGAGACACGCCUCGCUGGAUCCAUUUGGUGGAUUUCUCUUGGAAAUUCCGAUUCCAUAUGUAUUUUUUGCAUCUGAAGGACUUCUUAAUACUCCAGAAAUACUCCGGCUGCUGGAGUCUACCUAUAACAUCACACUAGUGGAGAGGUGCUGCUGUGGGUCGCUGAGACUCUUUGGAAGUACAGAGUGUUAUGUAGUGGUGACAGUUGAUGAGCACACUGCUGUAGUUGUGCAGGACCUAGAAGAGUUACAUCAUGAGAAGGCAUCAGACAAUAUCAUUAUGAGACUAAUGGCACUGUCGUUCCAGUAUAGCUGUUGCUGGAUAAUUCUAUAUUCCAAGGAAACAUUAAACUCACAGUACCAUCUUACAGGAAAGACACUUCAUCACCUUGCACAGAUUUAUGCAGCUUUGGUUUCCUCGGGCCUUAAAUCUGACGAACUGGAUGUAAAGCUUAUAAUUGCCCCGGGAGUAGAAGAGACUGCUUUAAUAAUUCGACAAAUUGCAGACUACAAUUUAAUGACAUCGAAGAGAGAUCCCCAUGAAUGGUUGGAUAAAUCCUGGGUGGAAGUUUCACCUUCUAAGGAAGAAAUGAGCCUACUUGAUUUCCCUUGUGUAAACCCACUGGUGGCUCAGCUCAUGUUGCACCGAGCACCGUCCCUGCACUGGCUCCUCACAGCGAGUCCUGCCGAGCUGCAGGAGCUGCUGCCCCAGGUUCCAGGCAAAGUGCUGAAGCAUUUUUAUAGCAUCACUUCCUUGUUCAAGAUUAGUUCUCCCACCAUGACAAAGUCUUCUCAGAUCUCAUCACUUCAGGAAGAUAUGAAUCAAACUGAUCUCUUUAUUUCUCAGAGUUCAGUUCCUAUCAUUCAAGAACACGAUGACUAUUAUUCCUAUGACGAGACCUUGCUGAAAGGCACAAGCUCUUCUCCUGUGGAGCUAAGAGAAACUCCAUUCAUGUUGCCAUCUGCAGCACCACACAGUCAGAGCAGCUGCUGGGAAGACCCCAGCUGUGGCCCCGACACAGUGCAGAAUAACCCUUUCCUAAUGAAUGCAGAAUCAAAGAAAGUCACCUGGCCCUCCUUUCCCAGCCGGAGUGAUUCAGAGUCAGAUGUCUUUUCUUUGGGCCUAACACAAGUAAGUUGUGAACCCAUGAUGCCACUAACUGAUUCUCAGAGGAGAGGCACUCAUGGUUUUGUAGAUUGUCCUGAAGCAAAAAGAACCAGAAACAUGCAAGUGUCCACCCCUAUCUUUUUACCAGAGAGCUGCCAAUCGCGCCUUCACUGGGACUUUAAGAAAAACAGUUGUAGAAAACAGAUUUAUUCAUUCAAUCCAAGCUGUGGAGCAGAACAGACUACUUACAAAUGGCACUCUCAAAACGAUGACUUCUCCAGUAAUCAGCCAGGUCUGUGGGACGAGUUGGAAAACACAUACAGAAAUGCAAAUGCUGGGACUAAGGAGUCUUUCUGGAGAGAGCUGCCAACUGCUCCAAGCUGGGAUCCAGUCUGUGCUUUUGAAUCUAAUGUAAGUCAAGGAGGACCCAAGGGCCUUCAUUUCUGCCAAAGACCUGGAAACUACUUAAGACAGAGAAGGUUCCCUGUAUCUUCAUCCAGUUGGGGAGAUUACGAAACACCAACAGACUUAAUGUACUCACAAGUACCACAACCCAAGAAACGACGUCUAAUGUAUGAGAAAGUCCCUGGAAGAGUGGAUGGGCAAACCCGGCUGAAGUUUAUAUGAAAAAGAGCAGGGACAGUGCCACCUGCCAGAUUCUACCUCCUUGUGACAAUCCAGUAACAAAAUUAUUUAGGCUUGACUCUACAUCAGAAAAUGCUAUUCUGUCUACAUGUCCUCAGUGUUUAUAUCCAAGUCUGCUUGUAUCAUAAGCAUAAGACCCCUAGAAGUAUUCAGAUGCAUGUGUACUUCACAAGGCUUUUGUCUUUUUAAAGAUCUGUUUUUACACCUGUGUGUGUGCAUGUGGAGUGUGCGCACUUGAGGCCAGAGGACCCCAAGUCCCCAUCAUAGUUUUGUUUUUUUUAAGGUUUAAUUUCUUAUUAUUAAACUAUGCAUCUGCA